AUGGGCGUGAAAGACCUGUGGACGAUCCUGGAACCGUCCGCGGAGCGCGUCAAUUUAGACGCCUUAACCGGGAAAACCAUCGCCGUGGACGCAUCCAUCUGGAUGAUGCAAUUCCUGAAAGCGAUGCGAGACGACCGAGGGGAACCGAUCGCAAACGCACACAUAUUAGGCUUUCUGAAAAGAAUCAUAAAGUUACUCCAUUUACGAGUGUUUCCGGUGUUCGUGUUCGACGGGAAAACGCCGGGGAUUAAACGAGCGUGCGUGCGGGAAAGGAAGAGGAAGAGUUUGGAGGCGAAGUUGACGCUGAGGAAAGCGGCGGAAACGAUCUUGAUGAACGCGAUCGAGAGGGAGAUUUUGGAGAAACAACUAGAAAAGCGCGUGGAGAGAGAUAUGGAUAAAGAUGAACGGUUUUUUAAGGAGAAAAUGUUCGGGGAGAUGAUGAUGUUUGACGACGACGACGACGCGGGAAAGGAGAAGAAGAAGAAGAAGCGGAAGUUUAUAAUCGAUCCGGAUGAUGAUGAUGAUGAUGAUGAUGAACAAGCAGAAGAACACGCAAAAGAAAACAAAGAGACGGAAGAGAGCGAGACGGACCCGGACGAGGAUUUCUCCGCCUGGGAUGUGGAACUCCCGACGGAUGAAGACGGUAAGAUUGAUCCGACCGUGCUCGGCGCGUUGCCGGUUUCGAUGCAACUGGAGAUGAUGAAACGGAUCCGAGACGAAAACGUAGGGAAGAAUCGGUCGCAGUUUCAAGCGGUAGAGAAAGAUUCGAUGAGCUUUUCGCAGUUACAAAUAGAGAAGUAUUUAGAGAGCACAAAGUUGAGGAAAGAAAUGGAUCGGACCAUGAGGCAGAACGGGGCGAAGAGUAGCGGGAACAAUAACGCAGGGGACGUGUCCAAGAAGAUUGCCGCGCACGACGGUUUGGAGUACGUGUACCAUAAAGGAGAAAGUGAUGGUGGCGGUAAAGGAAGUGGCUUGGGUACUCACAGCAAGUCAGGAGGAGGAGGAGGAGGAGGAGGAGGAGGAAACACUACUGGCAAUAAGAUCUUCCCAAACGGCCAAACGAGAGAUAUGCUGGAGGAUUCCUACCGAGGCUUCGCCUCGUUCCAAGCGGGCCAGACGACACUGCUCAACAACCGUCCGCAGGUGCAAUCAUUUUACCAAGAGAAGAAGCGUCGGAAAGGGCAACAAGAUUUAUCCGCGCCUCGAUCGGAUUUAAUCAUUUCCUCGGCGUUGAACGAACACUUGCCGGGACCGACAAUUGCGAGAUCGGUGGCGGAAAUGCCGCACAGAAAUAGUAAGAAUCAAGAUUCGAGUAAACAGGAACACUUAUCAUCGGAAGUGCGGAUCCAGAUAUCGAAAAAAGAGCUCGAGGAUAUAAAAACGGUCGACCCACUGUUUGCGGAGGAAGGCGAAGUAAUCAAAGAAGAAGAAGAAGAAGAGGAGGAGGAGGAGGAGGAGUGGGAAGAUGUCGAAGACGACGAAGAUGCGAGACACUUGAAAAUUGUCGAGCGCGUGCUCGAAGAAAAGUCCGAGCAGAAGAAGAAAGUGUUCAAAGGCGAAGAAGAGUGCGAAGACGUUGAAGAAGAAGCACCCGCCAGCGGCGAUGGAGGAGGAGGAAGCGCGAUGAAAUCGAGGAAAGAUGUGUACUCCAUGACGCACGGAUUCGUUCGCGGGAAAAGCUUAGAAGAGUGGCAAAGCGACGAAGAGAAAGAAGAAGGAGAAGAAGGUGAAGAAGAAGAAGAAGAAGAAGAAGAGGAACGCACGAAAGCAUUACCGGCACCACCAACGAUGGAUGUAAACGCGAGAGAAGAAGAGGAGAAACGGGAAGAAAAAGACAAAGAAGAAGAGCGCAUCAAAAUUCCAUUGUCGUCAUCGUCGUCGGACGACGAGGAUAAAGUCGACAACGUCGAUAUAAAAAAAGCGUACGAAGCGAAAUAUUUGAGCGACGACGACGACGACGACGACGACGACGAAGAAUACAACAACAUCGACGUCGAUAGCGAAGACGAUGAGGGCGCUUUACAACGCGCAAUUUUCCUUUCGCUCGAACGAGACAACCCCGGUCGCGUCGGUCGAGGAUUGCGUAACCGUCCAAAAGGUAACGACGAUGAACGCGACACGUACGAAGACAUGAAGAAAGCGGCGGACGAGGCAAAGAUUCUAAGCGAAGAGAAAAAGGAAGACGAAGAGGCUGCUGAAAAGGCGUCUCGGGAAAAAGCCGAGGGGAAGAAAAAGGAGAAGCAAAAGAUGGUGACGUUUUUGGAAGAGGAAGGAGAAGAAGUGGUAGAAGAAGAAAAGAUUCUUCAAAAACCAUCGUCGGCUCCGCCCCCGCCUCCGCCUCCGCCGCCGACCUCGUACCAACCGUCCUCGUUCCAAACCGAUACUCCGGAGAAUGAGUUUUUCAAAAAUUUCCGCAUCAAAUCGGACGUGGAAGAUGAAAUCGAACGAGAAAUGGCGCAAGAUGACGACCUAUUUGCGAACGCUGCAAAGGAGAUGGAAGACCACGAGCGAAGGAAAAAAAUCAACACCAUGAUUGAAGAGAACGAGAAGGAACGGCAGGUUCUAGAAGAGAAGCGGAAGAAAGCGCAAAAAAUCUACGGCGAACAACCGACGCCGCAGAUGUAUCGCGAGGUGCAAGAACUCUUGAUGCUCUUGGGCAUUCCAUACGUGGUUGCUCCGGAAGAAGCUGAAGCCGAGUGCGCGCAUCUCAACAGAACUGGUAAAGUCGACGGCGUCUUCACGAACGAUAGUGACGUUUUCUUAUUCGGCGCCACUUUAGUCUUUCGCAACGCCUUCGAGAAUACGAAAGCGAUUCAAAUGUACAAAUCUUCGCGCAUCGAGAAACAGUUAGGAUUAAAUCGCGAACGAAUGAUUCAAUUAGCGAUGUUGCUGGGAUCGGAUUACACCGUUGGUAUCGAUGGUAUUGGUAUCGUCAACGCGAUGGAAGUUUUGGCCGGGUUUUCAGACGCGGACAAAGAAAACGGCGCGGAAAGUUUAGAAGGAUUGAAACAGUUCAAGAAGUGGACGGAAAAUCAGACGCUGAGUUUACCGGGCGCGAAAGGCGCGAAAGUGAGGAAGCACUUAGAGAAGAUUAAAAUCGAGGAAGAGAAGGUGAAGAUGCAGAUCGAUGACAACGGAGAUUCAGUCGCUCUCGUCGUCGUCCCAGACGAUGAUGAAUGCGAAGCAGAGAAGAAGAAGCAAGACGACAAUCCGGCGGAAACCGCCCCCGAAACUGCCAGCGCGGCGCGCAAGCGCUUCUACCAAGAACACCAAACGAAGAAAACAACGUGGAAGUUUCCACCAUCUUUUCCGGACGACGCGGUUCGAGCGGCAUACGCUGAACCUAAAGUCGAUCCGUCCGAGGAAAAAUUCGUUUGGGACCAAACGCCUUUGGAACGCGACAUUCUCGAUUUCUUUCGCGAGCGGUUAAACUGGCCCGAGGAUUUCACCUCAGAUACGCUCAAGCCGAUGUACGAUAAAAUCAAAGAACGCAACGAAAAGUACAAGCAAAGGACGAUGCAGGAUUACUACGAGAGUUUGGUGCAAAAGUCCGACGGUUUUACGAAAAUUAAGAGUAAGCGUUUGGCGCUGGCAGUCGCGGAUUUAAAAGGAGAAGAUUUUGACGCGAGCAUCGUGUUUCCGGAUAAACAACCCGGAUCGAAGAAGAAGUCGACGACGACAAGAAAGAAGAAUGUAAAGAAAAAGGAGACCGCGGUAGACGAGAAUAGGGAAGGUGAAGAAGACAAAGAAGAAGAAGAGAGUGACGACGAAAAUGCAGUAACAGAACCGGUCCCGUCGCCGUUACAACUCGCCGCCGCGCCGCCGAAGAGGAAGAAGAAAACCGCCGCGGCGCCGAAGAAGACAAACGAGAAACCUUUGGCACUCGCCCCUAAGAAGAAAACAGUGGCCAAGAAGAAACAGAAGAAGAAACAAUAA